GCGAUAUAAAAAAAGGCGAAGAAAUUAAGCUUUCUCUGUUUGUCACUAAGCUCUCUCUCUCUCCUUCUUCUUCGACUUUUUUUUUUCUUCCUCUCUUCUCUUUGGUUUUUUGGUGUUGGGUUUUAUCUGGGUUCCUGAUUUCUUCAACGAGGAAGGAAGGAAGAAGAAGAGAAAAGGGACAAGCGAGAAUUACUCUUUUCUCCUUCAAUUUCCGAUGGGUUGUUUCGGAUGCAGUAAGAAAUCGAGCAAACGAUCCGAGACUAACAAAGAUACUGUCAUAAAUAGAAAAAUUGUCGGUGGUACUACGAGCGUUGCUAAGAGUGAUAAGCGAGACGAUCAGACUCAGCCCAGUUCAGAUUCAACAAAAGUCAGUCCAUAUAGAGAUGUAAACAAUGAAGGAGGAGUUGGUAAGGAAGAUCAGUUAUCUUUGGAUGUGAAGGGUUUGAAUCUAAAUGACCAAGUCACAGGGAAGAAAGCACAGACUUUUACUUUUCAAGAACUUGCAGAAGCUACGGGAAACUUUAGAUCGGAUUGUUUUCUUGGUGAAGGAGGUUUCGGAAAAGUUUUCAAGGGAACUAUAGAGAAAUUGGAUCAGGUUGUUGCAAUCAAGCAACUUGAUCGUAAUGGGGUUCAAGGAAUCAGGGAAUUUGUGGUUGAGGUAUUGACUCUAAGUCUUGCUGACCAUCCGAAUCUUGUGAAGCUUAUUGGGUUUUGUGCUGAGGGUGAUCAGAGACUACUGGUGUACGAGUAUAUGCCGCAAGGAUCCCUUGAAGAUCAUCUACAUGUUCUCCCUUCUGGUAAAAAGCCUCUUGACUGGAACACCCGGAUGAAAAUAGCAGCUGGUGCAGCAAGAGGUUUAGAGUAUCUGCAUGACAGAAUGACGCCCCCUGUGAUUUACCGAGAUCUUAAAUGUUCGAAUAUUUUGCUUGGUGAAGACUAUCAACCGAAACUAUCUGACUUUGGGUUGGCUAAAGUAGGACCAAGCGGGGAUAAAACCCAUGUCUCGACAAGGGUUAUGGGAACGUACGGAUACUGUGCUCCUGACUACGCUAUGACGGGUCAGCUCACAUUUAAAUCCGAUAUAUACAGUUUUGGAGUAGUCCUUCUCGAGCUUAUCACCGGAAGGAAAGCGAUUGACAAUACAAAAACGCGUAAAGAUCAGAAUUUGGUUGGAUGGGCACGACCAUUGUUCAAAGACAGGAGGAACUUCCCAAAAAUGGUUGAUCCAUUGCUUCAGGGACAAUACCCAGUUAGAGGACUGUACCAAGCACUAGCAAUAUCAGCAAUGUGCGUUCAAGAGCAGCCUACCAUGAGACCAGUGGUAUCUGAUGUAGUAUUGGCUCUCAACUUCUUAGCCUCUUCUAAAUAUGAUCCGAAUAGCCCUAGCAGCAGCAGCGGGAAGAACCCUUCUUUUCACAGAGACAGAGAUGAUGAAGAGAAAAGACCACACCUCGUCAAGGAAACUGAAUGUGAAGGAAGGACAGGAAACACCCGGAGAGGGAUAUUUCCGGUAUCGGAGUAUUGGAUCCAUGCAAUUCCGGUGAUCGUUUUUCUCUGUUUCUUCACCCUCUGGAUUUUCUCCCACUCAGUGAGCGUCAUGAACGAUGGAGAGAUAAUGUCGAUACAUCGUCUUGAGAAAUCCAUGGCCGUGAGAAACGAGUCUCAUGUCAGUUUAGCGAUUCUUGCUUCCUCUGCUGUUUCACCAGCCUCCUCAGCUCUCGUCGCCGUCGUCUCUACCAAUCAGAAUCUCACAACUUUUCACAACGCAACUCAAUCGCAGCAAAAUGCAACCCAGUCGGUGAACAAAGCAAAACAGCCACACGCAGUCUAAUCUCUGAACGGAGAAAAGUUUCUUUCAGUUUCUUACUGAUUUCUUUCAUGAACAGAUAACUUUCAGGGAUUGAAUUUUUCUUUUCUUUGUAUUUGCUUCAGUUGAAACAAUAGUUUUUGAUUUAGGAUUGAGAAUUGUUUGUGAACGACGAUACACAGAAUGUUUUCAA